AUGGAGCUCAUCACAAACGGCGUCGUCCCCGACCGCUGGAAGACCUCUCGCCAGCCCCCCACAAAGGCCGAGAUGCAGAGCACCAGCAUCCUCAAGGUAAAAAUCACCUCCGGCAGCGCCAAAUUCCGCGACGGCGGCGUCUCCGACGACAAGCACGACCUGCAGAACGAGGACGCUCAGAACUCCGUCUGGACGGGCGUGGUGCCUGUCUUCUCUAGCCUUGGAGAACCAGUGUCGACGACUUACAACAAGGUCGAUGUUCCGGCCAACGUAACUGAUUUCAUCAAGGACUAUAACAAUGAGAAUAAAGAGUAUGUGCUUUCGGCUAUUAAGAAAUAG